AUGCCGCUCUUGAAAUUUUGGAGAGGAAUGGAAUCUAUUGUAGAAAAUGCAGCAGUGAGUCCAGGGCGUGGAAGCUCAGAGAAUGGGAAUCGAAGCUUUGAAUCCGUCCGAGAUCAGGAUAUGCUUCUUCCAAUAGCUAAUAUCAGUAGGAUCAUGAGAAAAGCGGUUCCACAAAAUGGGAAGAUCGCGAAGGAGUCUAAAGAGCGUAUCCAGGAGUGCGUUACUGAUUUUAUCAGUUAUAUCACUGGCGAGGCAAGCGACAAGUGUCGAGAGGACAAGAGGAAGACUAUUAGUGGUGAUGAUGUGCUAUGGGCUAUGUCCAGAGCUGGAUUUCAAAAUUACAUUGGUCCUUUAACAUUAUACAUGCACAAAUUCAGAGCGGGUGAGAAAAGGGCAGCAACAAAAGGUGGCCGAGGAUCUGCUAAUAUGAAUGGAGGCGUUGGAGGAUCUGGGAUAGGGAAUGGAGAUAAUGGGCUUGCUCAACAGAUUUCUCAUUCUCAGGUAGUGAUUGACGCUAACUCACAAAUUCUCUUUCCCUCUCAGGGCGUGAAUGACGCUAACUCUCAGGGACUAUUUCCCUCUCAUGGCGUGAAUGACGUUAACUCUCAGGCACAUGGUGAGUUUGUGACAGCUUUCAUGCAAGGCCGCCAGGAGUAA